AUCAGUGAAAAUUGUGAAAUUCGACAACUCUUAUGAUUCGAAGCAUUUAACGAAUCGGAUGAUUUCUUGUGAAUCAACAAUGGAGGUCACGAUCUUCUUGUUCUUCUCCUUCACUCCAUCUCUAUCUAAGGAUAAGAAACCCUAACAAUGGAGAAACACAUUCAAACCUUCCUAAACAAAAUCUCAUACUUAGCAAUCACCAUAGCCACAUUCACUCUACUCCUCGUCUUCCUCUUCCAAACCCCACCAGAAACCUGCAUCAACCCUAACCACAAACCUCAUCCCCGAUCCUCCUGUGACGCCGCUCACCGCCCAAUCACCACCAUCGAAAAGAAAAACCACCGUCUAUGGUCCACCCACACCUGGCGGAAAUCCGUCGAUUCGUUCUCUGCAAUCUUCAAUGAUCUCCGAACCCUAAAACACAUCUCCAACCACACACACGCUCUAAUCGUCUCCGCCGGUGGCGGUCAGGCCGUCAUGUCGCUAAAGGAGAUCGGAUUACACGAAAUCACCGGCGUUGAAGUGGUUGAUUCUCCGCCUCUAGUGAGUAGAGCAGAUCCACAUAAUUUGCCUUUUUUUGAUGGGGUUUUCAAUUUAGGGUUCAGUGCGCAUUUGGAUCUGGCAUUAUUUCCAUCUAGGUACGUUAGGGAGCUUGAGAGAACUGUUGUGGUUGGAGGCGUAAUUGUGGUUUGUAUGGAGGAGUGUGGAAAUGGUGAGAUGAAUGAAGCUCUGAAACUCUUCAGGAAUUCAAAGUUUUCUCAAGCGAAAAAUGUCACAUUGAUGGGAUCUAAAAUGACAAUGAUCAUCAUGAAAAGAAUUAAAUCUCGUUCUUGAAGAUAUUCGAGCUAUGAAUAACAAGCCAUUGGUGUGGCAUUACAGGUGAGCAUGAGUCCAUACAAACAAUCAGUGACUUGAUAUACUUUGCAAGCAAAUGGGGGAGGAAUAAGAGGAAACGGAAACGGUUCGUUGCAAUUUGCUAUGACAUGAUUUGGAACUUAUGGCGAUUCAGAAACAAAAGACUAUUCCACUGCGAGAAUAUUUCAGUCCAUAAUGGUUUGGAACGCAUUAAGGCUAUGACCUUCUUUUGGGUAAAACAUAGAAGUAAUAAGGGUAUGUGUAGUUGGGAGGAAUGGUUGAUAUCUCCAUUUUAUGACUUGUAAUUCUGCAUUUACUUGUACGUUUUUACUUUGGUCCCUCUUCUAGCUCCUUGCUAGGGGAGGGUUCCUUUCUUUAAUAAAUUAUUUGCUGUUUCCAAAAAAAUUGGCAGCUUUAUA